CUCUGAGUUGCUUUUCACGACCAAAUGUGUUAUAUCAAAGUGCAUCCGUAUAAUAAACCUACCAUUAGUGUGCACCGAUUGCUCCUAUAAUAAAGUGCUUUCUUUGCUAAAACUGCAAUACAAUACAGCUACAUGGACGAUGUGGAAGUGGGCACGUUAGCAAACAAGUUCACUUCGGUGCCAGUGGAGAGCCCCUUUGUGUGGGGAAUGUCUGCUCUUCUAGUAAAGGAAUCUUCAAACAUCUUGGAAAGACUGUUGGAGAAGCAGGACGUAGUCGAGGAGCAUUAUGAACAAUUCAAGUGGUCCCAUUUUGUGAUCCAGCUGUUGUUGAGUUACGAGUUGUGUAACAGCGGUAACCAGUCGGAGGCUGUGAAGAAAAUCGAGAGUUGCGAGGCAGAAUUGACCAGACUGGACAGGAUAGGAUGUAACGAGAGGUUCUAUCUGCGCAUGCGCCGGCCUCUUUGGCAUUUGACUCUCGCCAGUAGAGCACUUCUAUUCGCCACCAUUUCCAACUUUGAGGUUGACCUCGACUAUCUGGAUCAGGAAAUGGGCCAGAAGUACAACCUAACACUGUUCAGUGACGAAGAGCGAGCGAGCCUUUAUGGCACCAAGACGAUUUGUUACCUGGAGUAUGGAUACAACGGCAACAUGGAAGCCUUGAAGUGGGCGAGGAAGGCGUUGGAGACCGAUCCUUCAGAGGCAGAAUGGCACUUUCUUACCGGGAAGUGCAUGGGACGCGUCCGGAGGUGUACAAGAAAGUUCAGUGGGGUACCAAGAGAGGAGGUGGAGAUGAUAGAGAAGGCAGUGUCUCUCAACCCUAACCCUAAGUAUAUAAUGUAUGUGGCUCAGGUGUACCAACAGAGCGCCAGCGCUGCCUUUAUCCACCACCGCGGAGAUGAGAACUUCUACAGAUCCUCUCUCUACCAGGCUAUCAAUAAUAUGAACAAAAAAGCUGUAGAACUUUACCAACAAGCGCUGGUGUUCAGACCCAACUGCAGCUACACGUAUAUCCGAUGUCUGAAUGGUAUGCUCAAACUGCCCAGGAAGUACCUGAACCUUGCACAGCUGCGGAAAAUGGUCGACAAGGUGACAAUGGUAGCCCCAAAUAACACGAUGUUUUUACAUUCAGCUGGUGUAUUUUAUCUCAAAAUGGACUAUGAUGCUAAAAAAGCCUUGAAGUUUUUCGAAAUGGCAAGUGACCAAGGGAACUACGGAGCAUCUAUGGACGCCAUAAGACUCCGUUUCCGAAUGAACGAACAGUACAACCCCGUAGGUCGCCUGAGGAAAUUGAUAGAGAAGUUCUCGGCAAGACCUCACCACGAGGACGCUGUCUCUCAGCUAGGAUCAUUCUACUUGUUCAUAGUGAGAGACUUAGAACGAGCCCUUGAGGCGUAUAAUCUUAUCCUUGAGAAGGAUCCGGAGAGUAGGGCGAUGAUGGUUCACAAGCCGAUCUUUGUGAGGAUGACCCGGCCCAUCAACCUAUUCGAGGUGCUGGUGAACGAAGUACGAGUGUAUGAGCUGAAAGAAAGACCCCUGGACGAGAAGUUAAAAGAUGGUUUCAUGAGUCUCGUAGCCCAGUACUUCCCCUCACUCCUGGAACUGGAAGUCGACACACAGAUGAUACACAGACUCAUACAGGAAUCCCGGAGGAUGGCACGGGCGGAGAAGAGGCGUAGGGUCAUGUUCCUUAGGUAUUCAACGACUGAGAGAUCACCAAGGAAAGAUAAGAGUUUUUAUGCUAGGACAUGACAAUAAAUUCACCUCCAAAACCCUUAA